AUGUUGGGCAAUCACGCCAGCACCACUGAAUUCUAUCUCCUUGGCUUCCCCGGCUCCGAGGAACUACGCCACAUCCUCUUUGCCACCUUCUUCUUCUUCUACUCGGUGACGUUAAUGGGGACCACGGUCAUCAUCGUGGUGGUCUGUGUUGACAAACGUCUGCAGUCCCCCAGGUACUUCUUCCUUGGUCAUCUCUCCACCUUGGAGAUCCUGACCACAUCCAUCAUCGCCCCCGUCAUGCUUUGGGGGUUGCUGCUCCCUGGGAUGCAGUCAAUAUCUCUGGCUGCAUGUGUCACCCAGCUCUUCCUGUACCUAGCCGUGGGGACCACAGAGUUUGCCUUACUGGGGGCCAUGGCCGUGGACCGUUACGUGGCCGUCUGCAACCCUCUGAGGUACAACGUCAUCAUGAACAGCCACACCUGCAUCUGGGUGGUAAUCACAUCGUGGGCGUUUGGGUUCCUUUCUAAAAUCUGGCCAGUCUAUGCCACAUUUCAGCUUACCUUCUGCAAAUCAAAUGUGGUGAACAAUUUUUUUCUGUGACCGAGGGCAACUGCUCAGACUUUCCUGCAAUAAUACUCUUUUCAACUGCUCAGACUUUCCUGCAAUAAUACUCUUUUCAUAGAGUUUAUCCUCUUCUUAAUGGCUGUUUUUGUUCUUUUUGAUUCUUUGAUCCCUACAAUCGUCUCCUACACCUACAUCAUCUCCACCAUCCUCAAGAUCCCCUCCACCUCUGGCCGGAGGAAAGCCUUCUCUGCUUGUGCCUCCCACUUCACCUGCGUCGUGAUUGGCUACAGUACCUGCUUGUUCCUCUACGUGAAACCCAAGCAAACUCAGGCAGCUGAGUACAACAGGGUGGCGUCGCUGAUGGUUUCAGUCGUUAUUCCUCUCCUGAACCCUUUCAUCUUCACCCUAUGCAAGGUCACGGAGGCCCUUCGGGAUGCGGUGAAACGCUGCUGUCAGCUGUUCAGGAGCGAGCCUCGCCCGAGUCACUUUACAUGGGAAAACUCUUAUCAUGGAUUCUAG